AUGGUUCUAAUUUUUCUAGUAUUCUCAGUUAUCGUCUCGUUUGUGGGUCCACCCACAGCUGAUGCGUUUUUGGCAUCUGCAUUUUCUUCCGUUUCUCAGGCUGGAAAAACAUCAAACUGUCAUGAUUGGAGUGAAUAUGGUCCUUGUUUCAGUACAUCAGACCGUUCAUUCUGGCGAAACCUGCCUCAACAAUGCUACCAAAACCGUUACAUGUCUCUAAUCACCGGAAUCGGAAAUCCGAUUGUUCAAAAAGUAAUGGACUACGCCGAACUGUUCAACAAGUCGGCAACCGCGUGUGGAAUGUGCAACGUUCAAGUGGCAUGUUCGCCGCGAUGUGAUUAUGUUGCUGGUGGCAAUUCGUUCGGAGUCGUCGACCGGAUUUGUGAUCUUCCGACCGAGAAACAGGCAUGUGCAAUGACUCCACAGGCAUAUGAUGAAGAUUCGGGAUUGUGCAAAGUCUGGCCGCCAAGACACACCACGGCCGUCGACUUUCUCGGAGCCCUAGUUCCUCCAAACAUUCGUGACCAAGUGUGGGCUUUGAAGCCUUUAAAUUGCAUCAGUAUCAGUGGAAAAUGCUACUGUUGCUGUGCUCCAUACACUCCAAAUCCUUGUGAUGCUCAAUGCACUCUUCAUCCUUGCUCCAGAAGACAAAAAUUUUCAAAGACACAAAUCAAGAUUCUGAGGAGAAAGUGGCUACAGAAACAAGAGGAACGGGAGCAGGAGCAGGAGCAGGAAGAGAGGGAAGAAUAG